CAUUGGGCUACAGGGACCACUACUAUAAACAUACCAAAGUCCAUAUACGCGAGAAGAAGACCACGUCGUAGCCAUCCACGGCCGAGUUAAAGAACUUUUUCUAACUGGUUUUUUUCAGGACUUUUGUGCUCCGCGAAAAAAAACAAAGAAAACGGACUAAAACAAAACGUGGGAGUCAAAGCAGUGACAGGAGUGAGUUUGCGACUUUGUUGCGCUCGUAUGAUUCAAGAGUUUCUUUUGAGAUUCCGUUCUUCUACAUUGGGACCGUACUCCGAACAACAAAACGACAUGUGGAAUAUUCUCUGUUCGCUGUGAGCUUCAACGCCUUCGAGCAAAGAGGAGUUUCUCCAGCGGGGGGGGGAGCAGAAAACGGCAUGUAGCGCAGGAUUAAGGCAUCCGUUCAUCCUCUUCUUCCUCAUCGUCCUCCUCCUCCCCUCCGGACAUCUUUGGGAAUGGGCCAGAGCCUUGCCAGGGUGCAUCUUUCCACCCGGUGGUGCGGCUGGCGUCGCGCAAGAGUGAGGAGGGCAGCGGCCAGGUCAUAGAGCCUGCCCAUCCCGCCCUCUCUCUUUCUCUCUCUAUCUCUCUAUCUCUCUAUCUCUCUCUCUCUCUCUCUCUCUGCUUGCUUGCUGCAAAGUGACUUUUGACCCUUUGACUCAGCUGUGACUUCCUGCCAGCCAUGCCCUUCCGGCUGAAGCUGCGGCGCACACGGCGCUACAACGUCCUGAGCAAGAACUACUUUGUGACACGGAUUCGCCUGCUGGACAGCAAUGUGAUUGAAUGCACUCUGUCAGUGGAGAGUACAGGACAGGAAUGCCUGGAGGCAGUGGCCCAGAGGCUGGAGCUACGGGAGACCCAUUACUUCGGGCUGUGGUUCCAAGGAAAGACCCAGGCCCCGGCCCAUCGCUGGGUGGAGCUGGAGAAACCCCUCAAGAAGCAGCUGGACAAGUUUGGCAAUGAGCCACUGCUCUUCUUCGGAGUGAUGUUCUACGUGCCCAGUGUUUCCCGGCUGGAGCAAGAAGCCACCAGAAACAAGGGGACGCUGCUAUCUGCGGAUAAAUGCUGCUGGUAUCAGUAUUACCUGCAGGUGAAGAAGGAGGUGUUGGAUGGACGUCUCCACUGCACAGUAGAGCAGGGGAUCAGACUAGCUGGCCUAGCAGUGCAAGCUGACUUUGGAGACUUCACUCAUUUCAUGUCGCAGGACUUCCUCCGGGAGUAUGUGCUCUUCCCAGUGAACUGGCCUAACGGAGACGAGGUGCUGGAAGAGUGGACCCAGAAAGUUGCUGAGGAGCACAAGAGUCACUGUCGAAUGCAGACCGCUGAGGCAGAGCUGCUGUACAUCAAGGAGGUGGAGAAACUGGACGGCUUUGGGCAGGAGAGCUUUCCUGCAAAGGACAACUACACCAACGAUAUUUUCAUCGGUGUGUCCUUCAUCGGGGUGUUUGUCAAACACAGGAAUGGCAGAUCCAUCAUGCUCCACAAGUGGAAGGACAUCGGCACGAUAGCGCACAACAAGUCAGCCAUCACAGUGGAGAUAACGAGCAGAGAUGACACCAUCAUUUUUCACAUGGAGGAUAUGGAAAUGGCCAAGUACAUCGCUCGUCUUUUCACGGCCAGACACAAAUUCUACAAACAGAACAAGAUCUGUGCAGAGCCCACUCACUCACCUGCACCAAUCCGGAGGAGACCCACUUGGACCCACCGCCUAUCUCUGCCGCGGCCCCAGUCCUGUAACUUCCAGUCAAUGCAUUCCCAGUAUGGAGAGCAUUAUCAGGACACACAGAGCUCCCAAGACAGUAUCUUCCAUGACGACCCCUACUACAAGUCAGAGACGAGUCUGGACCGCUGCCCGGUGGACUUUCCCUUUCGUAACGGUACCGUGCCCAAUGGAAGCAUGUACAGCAUCCCCAGCCUGAGCUCGCUCAAUCAGUCCCAGACUUUCGUCCCACCCUCUCCCAUGUCCUCCAACCUCAGCAUCCCCGGUAGCGAGCUCAUGCGCCCCGACUACAUCCCCAGCCACCGCCACAGCGCCAUCAUUGCGCCAUCCUACCGGCCCACGCCCGAGUAUGAUGCUGUCAUGCGGCAGAAGCGACGCAUCCUCCCCGCUCACCAUGACCUCCACAGCCAAUCGCUGCGCAGUCUGAACAUCAGCAAUGCUUGUGCUUACCGCCAGCCUGAGGCCCUGGUGUAUAGCCAGCCAGAGAUGAGGGAGAGGGGCCCUUAUCAUGGCCUGGGGCCUAGCCCGGGACCUUAUGGCAAACAGAUCAGCUACAGUAAGCCAGUGUCCCAUGGCCCUCAUCAGGGAGGACCAGCCAGCAGCCAGGGCCCCUGUCAUUCACCCUGCGUUAAUGGAGGUGGAGGCGGUGGCGGGGGUGGAGGUGUAGGAAGCUCCAUCUCUCACACGGUCAGCACGCCUGAGCUGGCGAAUACCAAACAGGGGAACAAUGCGGGAAGCUAUACAGCUACAGCUAACAUGCUGAGAAACCACAUGUCGCGCCCUCCUCCGCCUUACCCUUCCAGCUCCUUCCGCCCGGCCACCAGCACGCCAGACCUGGCCAGCCACCGUCACCGCUGCAUGGGGGGAAGCAGUCCAGAGCUGGUUACCCGCAUGGUGCAGCUGUCGGUCAAGACCUUCCAGCCGGACAGCUCGGCCGUGGUGCACCAGUCCCUUCAGGAGGUUAGUGAACCAUUAACUGCAGCUGCUAAGCACCGCUCCACCCUGGGCAAGAGACACAGCAUGGAGGUGAUCAGCAGCAUGAGAGGAGGAGGAGGAGGGAUGGAGGGCAUUGUGAUGAAGAGCAUAAAUGCUCCCCUUCAUCGGAGGAAUACUCUCAGAGAACAUGUAAUGCCCCCUCAGCCUCAGUCCAUUCCUCAGCCUCAAUCCUCUCAGCCACAACCUCAGCCUCCACCUCAACAGCUCCAAGAGUUGUCCAUGCAGAUGCCUGCCCAGAAAUCACCUAAGUCUUCUGUAACACCACCUGGGCCAGUGGCCUAUCAGCAUCAAAAGACUCUCUCCAAUGCUACCAUGCUCAUACACAGCAGUGAGAGUGAAGAAGAGGAGGAAGAGGAAGAGGAGAGGCCUGAGCUGGAUGUUCAAAUCCCAGGUCUCAAUGAGGACAUCAGCAUUAGCGCUCAGCUCCAGGCUGCUCUGGCCAAGCUGCCUAACAAACCCCCUCCAGAGUACCCUGGUCCUCCUAGACCUCCUAGCAAUGCUCAAAUCCGCAGCCACAGUCACAGCCACACUACCCACCACAACCAUAAUCAAGGACCACAGAGCAACCAGGGAACAAUGGACCCAAACCAAGCCCAGAGCAGAGCGCACAAAGCUGGGCAGAGCCCAGGUGGCGGCGGGCCUGGAUGUGGUGGUGGUGCAGGUGCUGGUGGGACACUAACCCGAGGGGACCAGGGUGGGGUGAAUGGGGCGGUUUUAGGUCCAUCCAUUUCAGAACCAGACCUGACAAGUGUGAAGGAGAGGGUGAGGAAGGAGCCGGUCAAAGAGAGGCCGGUGUCGGAGAUGUUCUCCUUAGAGGACAGCAUAGUGGAGCGGGAGAUUGCUCAGAGGACGCUGGAAAGACAGAAGAUGUCUGUGGACUCCAUGAAGAGGCCGCUGAUGAUGGCUGCGCUCAACGGCCUCUACGUGGCCCGAAUGCCUGUCUCCGAGAGUCCUGCAGACGAAAGUGCCAAGGCUGCUACUGACGAGCGGUGUAAGACCUUGGAGUUGAAGCUGGAAGAGGAGCGGGUCUUCACGGAGUAUGAGCAGGUGCUCAAGAAGAGGGCGGACUGUGUUCUCACCACAGCAACUCUGCCCGAAAACACAGAGCGCAACCGAUUCCGUGACGUCGUUCCUUACGAAGAGAAUCGGGUCGAGCUUGUGCCAAAUAAAGAGAACAACACGGGCUACAUCAAUGCCUCGCAUAUCAAGGUGAUGAUCAGAGGGGAGGAGUGGCACUACAUUGCCACCCAGGGCCCGCUAGCCAACACCUGUGCCGACUUCUGGCAGAUGGUCUGGGAGCAGGGGGUCAACGUCAUCGCCAUGGUUACUGCUGAGGAGGAGGGUGGCCGAUCCAAGAGUCACCGCUACUGGCCCAAACUGGGCUCCAAACACAACUCGGCCACUCAUGGCAAGUUUAAGGUGACCACCAAAUUCCGCACCGACUCGGGCUGCUACGCCACCACGGGGUUAAAGGUGAAACACCUGCUGUCUGGCCAGGAGAGGACAGUCUGGCACCUGCAGUACACUGACUGGCCUGAGCAGGGCUGUCCCGAAUAUGUCCAGGGAUUCCUCUCCUACCUGGAGGAGAUCCAGUCUGUAAGGAGACACACCAACUCCAUGCUGGACACCUCGAAGAGCCUCAAUCCUCCCGUGGUGGUUCACUGUAGUGCCGGGGUGGGUCGCACCGGAGUGGUCUUCCUCACUGAGCUCAUGAUCAGCUGCCUGGAGCACAAUGAGCCCGUGGAGGUUCCCACCAUGUUGUCAGGGCUGAGGCAGCAGAGGAUGCUGAUGGUGCAGACCAUUUCCCAGUACAAGUUUGUCUACCAGGUCCUCAUUCAGUUCCUCAAGAACUCCCGCCUCAUCUGAGCCCGGGUACGCUGACCGUCGCAGAAUGGCACCAGACGACGACAAUGGUACUUCAAAUUAGCAUGAGGACUGUGCAACAGAAGCAGGUAACUGAUGGUUGGAAGCAGAUGCAGAGAUUCACGUUGUUUUCUAUGUGGCAGUUUAUGGAACUUCUGAUGGAUUUUCAUACAAACUCACCUCAAAGGAGGAAAGGAUUUGUGUAGGCCUGUACAAAAAUUGACGACCAUUUCUCCUAAUAUUUGUAAGCAGUUAUUUUCCCCCCUGGGUUUCAUUUUUUGGACGUGGUCCUUCUGUUGGAAAAUGCAUGUACGUGCAUUUUCCUCAUACAAGUGUUCAUCUGUGUUUCAUUUUCAUUUGGGAUAGAUUGCCUGCCUGCUACGUUUCUCAGCAGUAUUAAUACUAUUUUCUACACUCUGAAAGAGUUUGCCAAACAAAAGUAUUCUUUAAAUCACUGUUCUAAAAUGUUGCUUUUAUUUCUAACAGAGUAUUGAUUAAUACAGCAAAUAUUUACUUCAACAUUGUAACAAAUGUGUUUAUUUAUUUCUAUCAUGAUUCUGGUCACAUUUGCCAUUGAACGGAGCAUUGACAAGCAUGUUGAUCCUUGCCCCGUCAACUUUUAUCUUUCAUUUUUGAACUUGUCUUAAUUUUCGGAAAAAAAGCCUUCUUUGUUAACGUCAAUAGGGCCGCUCCCAAUUUCCUUGAUUGAUUUCUAUUGAGAUCCUCCUCCACAUGCAAACACACAUAAACAAGCACACACAAAGCUCAUUUUAAUACUGCAGCUCCUUAUGAUCAAAUGUGUCCUUUUCACAUUUCUGACCUAAAAGCAUUUAAAAAGUGUUUAUUCAAUUAGCUGGAUAAUUUAUAAAUGUAUCAUUUCACAGCUCGUAGUCAUUAGAGAAAUGGGUCUUGAUACUGUAUACACUGAAUCAUUGUGCCUUAUUGAAACAUGAAACCAGGAGAAGCUUUUACCUCUAAAGAUUAAAUCUUUAAAUUUAAUAGUUUGUGUUUUCUUAUAAGAACAACUAAAACAUGUCAUAUAACUUACCUAACUCUCGGUUAAGGAUUUGAACAGUAGGAGAAUGCUUUUUUUUUUUAAAGAAUAGUAUAAAAGUGACACAAAAAUAUGCAGCCUUUAGUAUCUGAUCCAAGCCCAAUACGUUAAUCUGUUGCCAUGUUCCUUGAUCCCAUUCAUAAAAAUUACACUCAAGAAUUUCCUUUUACAUGUUACCUUAAAUAUUCUUUUUUUUUUCUCUUUUUUUUCUGAAUCGUGAUGCAACGCCAGCCAUGUCCAAAGUGACUUUGUACAUAAUGGGCAUGUGAAAAAAACAAUUUCUACAAAUAUUUUUUAUAUAGUUUCUUUUCUUGACUUGGUACCCUAAAAAUACCGCAACAUAAUAAACUAUGCAUGCAUUUUUAUAUUUUAAUGUAUAUAUUCUCAAAUAAGUAAAAGCUUUAUGCUCUCUUGACAUAUAAGUGUUUUGUUGCACUUCUGUUCUCUUCGUGACGGUAUUUCCUCACACGGCAUUCCACUGUUUGUUUAUAUUUAAUUUUUCCCCUUCAUUUUCUCUUUUGGCAAAACUCCCAAAUAACUUUCAAAGUUUGUGUACAUAUGUUUUGUAUAUGCGUUUUCAGUGCAUCAAGCCUUUUGUUUUUCUGUCCCCAGACAUGUAUGAAGCUGUCGUACUUGCUCAUUAUGCAAUAAAGCCUUAUUUUCUUUAA